UGUAAAGGUUAAAAAUAUAUGUGUUAUAAUUACGUUUCCUAAUAUGUCUCUACAAGUGAUACUUAUGUAAUAUACAAGAAUAAACUACUUCGAAAUGUCGACAAGUUUACGACACAAGGUUCUACAAAGUUUCAAACAACUGCAUCAAGCCAGAAGAAGUGUUUUCAAAGGUGAUACUUAUGCCUUGACGGAAGCUAGAAAAAGAAUUAAUGAGGAAUUCAAGAAAAAUAAACAUGUAAAAGACGUUAACGCUAUUGAUGAGUUAAUAAAUUAUGCCAAUGCCGUUGAGAGGGAAAUUAGGACUUGUGUUAUUCAAGCAAGAGAGGUUGAGCCUGGGAGAUUUCAAGUACAAAUUACAAAAGACACUGUGCAAUUGGAUAACGUGCCAUUUUCUGACUGCCCUAAUGAAAAAUCAAAAAAUGAAAAAUCAUAAAGUUUAAUUAAUUAAUUUGUAGUAAUUUCUUGAGCUAUGAUAUGGCUGGAAUUUGAUGGAGUGCAGGGGCAGUAUGUUUUUAGAGCUUGUUCUGUUAAUAAAAGAGAAAAAGCUGAGCGAUACUUUUAAGCUAACUUCGACUUCUGAGGAUAGUAGCAACAAGUUAGAAUGAAAAUUUUACUUUGUGUAUAUAUUCAUUUAAGUGAGUUAUAGGUAAUUUG